AUGGCAAACUUGGUGGUGUUAUUUGCAAGUGGAGAGUGGAAAUUUUUGAACAAAGAGAUGAAUGAGUUUGAACUUGGGAAAAAAUCAUAUGUGUUGAAUUUGAUUGGAACUGCUGUUUCUUGGCAAGCUUUUACAGUUGGUUCAAUUGGGCUGAUUUUCAAGGUUUCUUCAUUGUUUUCCAAUGUGAUUAGUAUCCUUGGUGUGCCUAUGGCUCCUGUUUUCUCUGUGUUAUUUCUUCAUGAGAAAAUGAAUGGUGUGAAGGUGAUAUCAAUGGUGUUGGCUAUGUGGGGUUUCUUGUCAUAUAUGUAUCACCAUUACCUUGAUGAUUUGAAGAAAAAAUCCGAAAAGAAUGUUUCGAGUAAUGCCUCUGAGAUUUCUCUCACUGAAAGUUCGUAA